ACUCCCAGACAAUACAGCCAAGCACUAAAUAAGAGUAACAGAGUUCAUCUUUACUGUGCAUUUCUGGACUAUAGCAAUGGAACUGGUGUUUGGUCUAACGAAGGUUGUGUACGGGAGAGUGGGGACCUCAACUACUCCGUGUGCCUUUGUAACCACCUCACUAACUUUGCCAUUCUGAUGCAAGUGGUGCCUCUGAAGCUAACAAGAGAACACCAGGUGGCCCUCUCCUCCAUCACUUACAUUGGCUGCGCUCUGUCCAUCUUCUGCUUGACGAUCACGCUGGUCACAUUUGCUAUAUUGUCGUCUGUCAGCACCAUCCGCAACCAGCGCUAUCAUAUCCAUGCCAAUCUGUCCUUUGCUGUCUUGGUGGCUCAGAUCCUGCUUCUCACCAGCUUUCAGUUCACCCCAGGAACGGUCCCUUGCAAGAUCUUGGCCAUUCUCCUUCAUUUUUUCUUCCUGAGUGCUUUUGCAUGGAUGCUGGUGGAAGGAUUUCACCUUUACAGUAUGGUGAUCAAAGUAUUUGGGUCAGAAGAGAGCAAACACUUAUAUUAUUAUGGAAUUGGAUGGGGCUGCCCACUAAUGAUUUGUCUAAUUUCUACAACAUCAUCCCUAGAGAGCUACGGAGAAAGUGGCAACUGCUGGCUUUCACUGGAGAAUGGAGCAAUCUGGGCUUUUGUGGCACCGGCGUUGUUUGUAAUUCUGGUCAAUAUUGGUAUUCUCAUUGCUGUCACAAGAGUUAUCUCAAGAAUCAGUGCAGACAACUACAAGGUCCAUGGAGAUGCCAAUGCCCUCAAACUAACAGCUAAAGCCGUCGCUGUCCUCUUGCCAAUCUUGGGAAGCUCGUGGAUCUUUGGGGUUUUGGCUGUCAAUGCCCAUGCAUUAGUAUUUCAGUAUAUAUUUGCUGUUUUCAAUUCACUACAAGGAUUUUUUAUGUUCCUGUUUCACUGUCUUCUGAAUUCAGAGGUUAGAGCUGCCUUUAAGCACAAAACCAAGGUCUGGUCCCUUACCAGUAGUUCGACUCGCAAUGUCAAUGUGAAACCCUUCAACUCAGACAUUAUGACUGGGAACAAGCCAGGCACAACCCCCACAAAGCUGAACACCUGGGAUAAAAGCACCAAUUCAGCCAACCGCAUUGAUUUAUCAGCAGUCUGACAGCAAUACCCGCUUCUCGGUGAAAAUCAAGCCAUACAUUCAGGACCUCUGACACAGUGGCCACCAGUUUUUUCUCACUGUUAAUCCCAGUAGAAAACUGCUUUUUUAAUCACCGCCCAAUAAAUUGGGAAUUGCCAUCUUGUUUUGUUGAGUAAACAGCCCUCGUACGCUUGCCUUUGAAACUGUUCCACAUCCCACCACUUGGCUAUUUGCAAUAUCUGUACAAAUAACUCGCACAAAUAUACACUGGAUGGUUUUGUCAGCAAUGAUGAACGCAAAAAGGGCUUAUUGCUUUCUGAAUCAUUCCAGCUCCCAGACCUGAGGAAAGGCAACAUACCUCUGGCAAGAUGGAUUUUUAUGCUCUAAAAUGAAAUGCUUCCCAUUGUGAUGUUGUAAUGGGGCUAUUCUGGUCUUGCUGUGCGCUCUCUGUUUACAUUUAUUACCUUACAGAAUCCAAUUAUCAAAGUGAAGCUUAUUCAAA